AUGGCUUUUGCGUCGCUCCUCUCUCUCGUCGCUCUCGCAGCAGUCGCUCGUGCUGCUCCAACGUCUGAAGCUGCCGUUUGCUCCGACGGGACUCGUGUCACCAACGCCGCCUGCUGCGCCUUCAUCCCCCUCGCACAGGACCUGCAAGAGAACGUUCUCGAUGGCGAGUGUGGUGAAACCGCCCACGAGAUUCUCCGCCUUACGUUCCACGACGCCAUCGGUAUCAGCCAGAGUCUUGGUCCUUCAGCUGGCACAGGCGCUGACGGCUCGGUCCUGCUGUUCCCGACGGUCGAGCCGGAGUUCUUCGAGAACGACGGUAUCUCUGACAGCGUCAACAACCUGCUGCCAUUCCUGCAGAGACACGACGUCACAGCCGGUGACCUCGUCCAGUUUGCUGGCGCGGUCGCCCUGACCAACUGCCCUGGCGCGCCGCGCGUCCAAUUCCUGGCCGGCCGUCCGAACGCGACCCACCCGUCCAUUAACGGUCUCGUCCCUGAGCCGCAGGACAGCGUCGACACCAUCCUCGACCGUUUCGCAGACGCUGGCAAUUUCUCUCCCUUCGAGGUUAUCUCCCUCCUGGCUUCUCACAGUAUCGCGCGUGCGGACAAGGUCGAUCUUGCCAUCGACGCCGCUCCCUUCGACUCGACCCCGUUCGUAAUGGACACCCAGAUCUUCCUCGAGGUUUUGCUCAAGGGUGUUGGGCUCCCCGGACCCGGCAACAGCUCCGCUGAGGUCCUAUCUCCCCUCCCCGUCGGCAGCGGCAACGACACGGGCGAGCUCCGCCUCCAGUCCGACUUCGCGCUCGCCCGCGACUCGCGCACGGCCUGCUUCUGGCAAGGAUUUGUUAACCAGCAGGAUUUCAUGGCCACCAGCUUCAAGAACGCAUUUGAGAAGCUCGCUGUCCUCGGCCAGAACACCAAGAAGCUGAUCGACUGCUCAGACGCCGUUCCUCCGGCUAGCACCGUCGCCGUCAAGCCCGCCUCCUUCCCCGCGACCAAGGGUCCGGCCGACCUCGAGAUUGCCUGUGAUGCGCGCACGUUCCCUACUCUCACCUCUGACCGCGGCGCGACCGAGACGUUGAUCCCGCACUGCCCGGACGGCUCUCAGAUUUGCGCAGACGUCGACACCGACGGCCCGGCCACCGAUAACGACGACCCGAGCACCGACCCCGGCACCAUCUAA